AUGCAAGCAUUAGUCUUUGCGAUUGGUAUUAUACUAUUAGUAUUUAUACAAAGAGUUAAAUCAACGUAUUAUGUUUAUACAUAUGAUGAUGGUAUUGGUAAUGAUGAACAUUGUUGUCUUGUACGAUUAGGAGAAAAUUUUUGUGUAGCAAAACCACUUACACGUAGUUUAUUACAAGUGAAUAAAGCAUGUCAACGAUUGGUUAUAAAUGGAAAAAGACAAAAUGAUUUAAAUAAAAUUAUUCGUCGUUUAAAUGUUGAAACAUCACAAAAAGUUGGUGAUAAAAUACUUCUUCAAUUACAAACACCAUUAGAUAAAAAUAUACUUAAGAAUGAUCUUCUAUGUUUAUCAUCAGCAACUAAUAAUAUUAAUUUAGAAAAAUGUUUUAUAGAAUUAGCUAGUGAUCAACAAAAAAAAAAGAGUAAAAUAUUUGAUUUAUUUAAUAUUAUUUUUGUUACAGAAAAAAAAGGUCAUCAUCUUGGUGAACAAGGUAAAAAUGAUACAGCUGAUAAAGUAGUUACUGAAGAAAAACCUGAUAAUGAAAAUGGAAUUCGUCUUAUUGAAAUUUCUGAACCAAUACAAAUUCAAGAAGGUCAUGGUCUUGCUUUUCAUCAAAUUUAUGAACUUAAUCUAACUAGUUUUCGACCAACAACAAAUCGAGAACGUCAAUGUUGGUCAUGGUAUCGUGCACAUACAAAAAAAUUAUGUAAUCAUCCAAGAAAUUUUAUGAAAACUUGUAUUUCAUUAAAUCAUGAAAGAGAAAAAUGUGUCGAAAAACUUUUUUAUAAAAAAAUUAGUGAUGAACAACAAGAAUCAUAUAUAAAAAAUUCUAUUACAGUUGGUUCGAAAUUAUAUUGUGAAGAUUUUAAUAAACAAAGUAAAUUUCUUGGUUAUCAUUAUCAUAGUGAAAUAUGUUUUCAAACACAUACACAAAUUUCUAUUCAACAUAAAUUUACUGAUGUUGUUAGUUUAUCUGAUAAAAACAAAAAUAAAGAUGUUCUUCAUAUUAUAUCAAAUGAUACAAAAUUAACAAAUGAAUUUGAACAUGAUUGUCAUGAUAAAAUAACAUUAUCUGAAAUACGAAAAUCAUUCGAAAAACAAGAUGUACCAAUUAUAUCUGGUGAUAAUGCAUCAAAACAAGAAUAA